UGCUCACUCCGCUCCAGCUGGGCCGGACCACUGACGCUGCUCAGGGAAGGGGUUGGUGUCCGCAUGUCUUCAUUGGGAACAUUUCUUUUAAAACUUACACCACUCUUCUCUUUCUGAGUGGCGGGCAAGCUUUGUGUGAAAGAGGAGAGACACCCCCAUGGUGCUGUGAUUUGACUAAACAAACAGCCAGGCUCAGAGCAGCGCCUCCUCUCAACAGACUCCUGGGACAGCAGAGAUUACCCCCAGACUCUGGACAUCUGAGGGAUCUGAGCAUUUGAAGCAGCAGCGCCUGUGGAGACAAGCAGCUUCAAAUUUGUUCCUGCAACCUUCUUGAACAGGGAGGGGAACUCAUCUGUGCCUCCAGAACAGCUCUGAAGGACACAUGGGUUCAAAGGCGUUCACUAUGAGGCGGCUGACCACACGCCAGCUGACAGUUAUAUUUACAGCCUGGCUGUAUUUCUGCUCUGGAGCGCGCUGUCUGGAGGUCACACCUGAUGAAAAAGAGAUCGUCCUGGCUAAAGGCUCUGAGCUAACGCUCACGUGCUCCGGCUUAAUGGAGACAACCUGGGAGUAUAAGAAGGACGACGUACCCUACUUUCAGGUUGAGAAAGAUCAAGAAAGUCAUCAAAGCUAUCAGAGUGUAAAUAGCGGCGUGUUCUCCAGUGUUCUCACCCUGCUAAAAGUGAGCUGGCAGCACACUGGGGUGUAUCAGUGCAUUAAUCGGCACACUAAGGAAACCAAGGAGGUGGCUGUGUUUGUUGCAGACCCUGAGGUGUGGUUUGUGAGGAGUGACCACGGCAUGGUACCCAAAAGUGAGGAAACCAUCAUCCCAUGCAUGGUCACCAACCCAAACAUCAGCGUCACGCUGCAUGAGAAAAGCUCUCACUCGCCCAUCAACGGGCUGUAUGUUCCCACUGAGGGGUUCAAAGCACCCCUGGAGGCAAGGACAUAUUUCUGUCGUGGCAAGCUGAACGGCAAGGUGAAAGACUCUCAAGACUUCCAUGUCUUCAGCAUUUUUGUCCAAGAGACCUUUGAAACCUAUGUCAACGCUUCAAAGACGGUCCUGAAGCAGGGAGAGCCUCUGACUGUAAACUGCACCGUGCACGGGGUUGAACUGGUGAAUUUUUCCUGGGAUACUCCCAGCGGUGAGCUCGAGGAAGUUGAUCCCCUGACUGAAUUUCUGUCAUCCAUAACCAUGCGCUCCUACCUGAUGUUCCCUGGCACCACGGUGGCGCACAGUGGAACCUAUGUAUGCCAUGCUCACGAACUCGUUCAAGACCAGGAGGCCAGCGCCAGCAUCGACAUCACAGUCUUUGAAAAAGGUUUUGUGGAUGUGAAGCCAGCUCAGUCAAAAAACAUUUCCACCAAAGUACAGGAGAAUGUCGAACUGCGAGUGGAAAUCACUGCCUACCCGCCUCCUCAGAUUCUGUGGGCCAAAGAUGGCGCCACCAUCAAAGGAGACAAAAGCAUCACCAUUAGACAAGUGAAUGAGAUCAGGUACGUCACCAUUCUCACGUUGGUGAGGGUGAGGAUGGAGCAGAAAGGACUCUACACUGUCCUCAUUAGAAAUGGGGAUGACUCAAAGGAAGUGGCCUUUGACCUGGAAGUACAUGUUCCCUCUCAGAUUAAAGAUCUGUCUGAUCACCACCUGCCAGCGAACAGACACUUGGUGACCUGCACCGCAGAGGGGGUCCCAACUCCGACCAUACAGUGGUACAGCUGUGACAGCAUGCUGAAGUGUAGUAACCAAACAUCAGCAUGGCAGCCGCUGGUCCCACAUUCAGAGGAGCUGAGCAUCCAGACCAAUGUGAGCUACAGCCAGGCACGAAAACUGAGUCGAGUGCGCAGCCAAGUGACCUUCCUCAAGCCCCAGCAGGUCACAGUUCGCUGUGAGACCACCAACCAAGCCGGACUCACCGACCGGAGAGACAUCAAACUGGUGUCUAGCACACUCUUCUCCCAGGUGACUGUAUUAGCUGCUGUUUUGGCAUUAGUGGUCAUCAUUAUUAUGUCCAUCAUCAUCCUCAUUGCUGUAUGGAGGAAGAAACCUCGCUAUGAAAUCAGAUGGAAAGUCAUUGAAUCUGUGAGUCAGGAUGGCCACGAGUACAUCUAUGUGGAUCCCAUCCACCUGCCCUAUGACCUGGCCUGGGAAAUGCGCAGAGACAACCUGGUUCUGGGUCGCACUCUUGGAUCAGGAGCGUUUGGCAGGGUGGUCGAGGCAACCGCAUACGGUCUCACGCACUCCCAGUCCAGCACAAAGGUGGCAGUGAAAAUGCUGAAAUCCACUGCUAGGAGGAGUGAGACUCAGGCUCUCAUGUCAGAACUGAAGAUCAUGAGCCACCUUGGUCCUCAUCUCAACAUUGUCAACUUGCUCGGAGCUUGUACCAAACAUGGCCCUCUCUAUCUGGUGACCGAGUACUGUCGCUAUGGUGAUUUGGUGGAUUACCUGCACAGGAACAAACACACCUUCCUGCAGUACUACGCCGAGAAGAACCAGUACGACGACUGCCUCAUUUCUAGAGGAAGCACCCCUCUCAGUCAGAGAAAAGGCUAUGUGUCCUUCGGCAGUGAGAGCGAUGGAGGCUACAUGGACAUGAGCAAAGAUGAGCCGUCAAUCUACGUGCCCAUGCAGGAGCAGAUAGACACCAUCAAAUAUGCUGACAUCCAGCCUUCUCCAUACGAGUCCCCCUACCAGCAGGACCUCUACCAAGAUCAAGGAAGCACCAGCCUGGACUUAGUGAUCAGUGAUUGUGCCAGCCUCACCUAUGAAGACCUUCUAGGUUUCAGCUAUCAGGUGGCAAAGGGGAUGGAGUUUCUCGCCUCCAAAAAUUGCGUCCAUCGUGACCUGGCUGCCAGGAACGUGUUGAUCUGUGAAGGCAAGCUGGUGAAGAUUUGCGACUUUGGCCUGGCCAGAGACAUAAUGCAUGAUUCCAAUUACAUCUCCAAAGGAAGCACCUUCCUGCCCCUGAAGUGGAUGGCACCAGAAAGCAUUUUUCAUAAUUUGUACACCACCCUGAGUGAUGUGUGGUCAUACGGCAUACUCCUUUGGGAAAUUUUCACUCUGGGAGGAACCCCCUACCCAGAUUUGCCCAUGAACGAACUGUUCUACAACGCACUGAAAAGAGGAUACCGCAUGGCCAAACCUCCCCAUGCUUCAGAUGAAGUGUAUGAAAUCAUGAAGAAGUGCUGGGAUGAAAAGUUUGAGAAGAGGCCUGAGUUCUCCUUGUUGGUUCACAACGUGGGAAACAUGCUGACAGACAGCUAUAAGAAGAGAUACAGCCAAGUGAACGAGAACUUCCUGAAGAGUGACCACCCGGCAGUGGCCCGCACCAAACCCCGCCGGACCUCGCCCUUUCCCGUCGCUGACCCCACAUUUGGCUCCCUGUCUCCUGUUGCCUUCUCCUCCUCUCCCGGUCCCACAGCCAACAACCAGAGCCAGAGGCCUGGAGAGCGCAGGCACGAAGCAGACGGGCAGGAAGUCGUAACUUCAUAUAAUGAGUACAUCAUUCCCAUCCCGGACCCCAAACCAGAGGAAGCUUUCGGCAGCAUGCCGUCAGAAAGCCCUGAAAGCUCUCUGGCUGCAGAGGAAGAGGAGACUGACUCCAUGUCGCAGGACACAGCUGAGACUCUUCCAGAGGAUGAGCGCCUGGAGGACACCAGCGAAAGGGAUGCUUUGCUGGGCUCCUCGGCGACCCCCGAGGUAGAAGACAGCUUCCUGUAGCCGUGCGUUCAAACCCAGAGACAACACAGCGCCUUUAUUUUUCCCUUUUUCUUCACGGGAGGAAAAAAAACCUCAAAUGUAGCAGAACUGAGAGGAAGAAGGAAAUGUCUGUAGAUCUGUGUAGCACUAAAAGAGGCAUCUCUUCAAGUUAGGUACAGUUACUUAGUACGGUGGCACCUUGCUGACAGCUCAAUACUGAAUAAACAUGGCACUCUCACCUACCUAUAAUGUUAGCCUAAACAGAAUAGAGAUUUUUCAGUGUACAUUUAAUUUUAAACCUUUGCCACAUUAUUAAAAAAAAGCCUAUUCUUUUUAUAUUUUAAGAUGAAAUUUAGCUUCCAAAUGAUGCAAAUAACUUUUUAGGUGAGCAAUUAUUUUAUUUUGUAUUUUUUUAACAGGAACAGAACAAAACAUUCAAAACACUUUUUUUUCUAAAUUUAAUUACCACAGAUUGCAUUUUUAAAUCAUUGUUUAGGGUCAGUUUUUGGGUUUUCUCUCCUGGGUACUAUCAGCAAAUUUACUCUCUGUGUCGAAUGUUUGUAAAAUAUCAUGCAUAGGACUUGAAGUACAGAUUUAUUUCCCUGUGCACUGUUUUAAAGUGAGAUGUACUUUUUAUGUAGCUCCACAAACUACAGUGUUUCCAUAUGUGAACUUUGUAUAGCAUCUUGCAAUGGGGUUGUCUUUUGUGUAGAAAUAAUUCCUAGUUGUGUGCCAGUUGCACUUUAUAUAGAAAAAAAAAAUGGACACACGGUAUGUUAAAGAAAUAUAAGUUCCACUCUGAAAUAUAGAGCCACUACAGCAUGACUGUGACUGUUACCAUGUCCAGGAUAUCCUUUGUGAGAAAAGGUGACUCUCAAUCAAUGCAGCAUAUCACUGCCUUAGCACAAGAUGGCACACAAGAGUGCCUUUGUAUUGACUUUUGACUUGCAGCUACACAAAGUAUGAAGGGCUACCAGACAGCUGUGCACAUGUUAUGCUCGUAGUCGUCCUUUGCCUUGGGUAACAUACACAUUAGUGCUUUCAUCACCUGAAACUACACCUUUUCAUUUCUGCUGAACCUUCAAAAUUCACCGCACGAUGUCAUCGUCACAAGCUACGGUACCAAAGCUCUUUUUAACGUUUACAAAUGUAUUUUUGUAUUUGUCGUUUUAUAAAUGUGUCAAUAAAUGCGUACUAUCAACAA